GCUGAACACCUGCAACAAUUAACUAAACUAAAAUAACCACCUCUCUCCUUCUCUUAACUUUCCUUCGUUUUCUUCCCACUUCCCUAACCCAACCCCUCCCUCAAAACGCACCGUGUUUGUGCCACCGUCCCUCACCCUUCUCAACUUUAAUUUACAGAGAGAACCCUCUCGAUUCUCUCUCUCUCUCUCUCUCUACAACAUUUACAUUUUAUUUAUUUUAAUAAUUACACAGGGACCGAGGCCUUCCCAGCGAAUUGGAAAUAAAAAAAUGAGUUCGGAUUCGGAUUCCGGUUUGGUCAAGUUUGUGGAAUCGUUCCUAGGGGUGUCGCUGGGAGGUUCUGUGUCGGACACAAUGAUUGUGGCGGUAACGACGGCGUUUGCGGUGCUAAUUGGUAUGUUGGUUCUCGUGUGGAGGAAAUCAGCGGAUCGAAAUGAGGAAGUGAGGCUGAAUGUGCCGCCUAAGCCGGUGGGACUUCCUGACGAGGAGGAGGAGGUCGAUAUCGCUUCUGGCAAGACUAAAGUUACUAUAUUUUACGGUACUCAGACCGGGACUGCCGAGGGCUUCGCUAAGGCUUUGGCAGAAGAAAUCAAAGCAAGAUAUGAGAAAGCAGCUGUUAAAGUUGUUGACUUGGAUGAUUAUGCUGUGGAUGAUGAUCAAUACGAAGAGAAAUUGAAGAAAGAGACUUUAGCCUUUUUCAUGGUGGCCACUUAUGGAGAUGGAGAGCCUACUGAUAAUGCUGCAAGGUUUUACAAAUGGUUUACUGAGGGAAAUGAUAAGGGAGCCUGGCUUCAACAGCUUACAUAUGGCGUUUUUGGUCUUGGUAACCACCAAUAUGAACAUUUUAAUAAGAUAGCAAAGGUUCUUGAUGAACAACUUUGCAAACAAGGUGGAAAGCGUCUUGUUCCAGUUGGUCUAGGGGAUGAUGAUCAGUGCAUUGAGGAUGAUUUUGCUGCUUGGAGAGAAUUACUGUGGCCUGAGUUAGAUAAAUUGCUCCGAGAUGAAGAUGAUGCAAAUACUGUAUCUACCCCAUAUACAGCAGCUAUUCCUGAAUAUCGUGUAGUGAUUCAUGACCCCACUGUUACAUCUUAUGAGGAUAAUUACUCAAACAAGGCCAAUGGAAGCGCUUCUUUUGAUAUCCACCAUCCAUACAGAGCAAAUGUAGCUGUCCAAAGAGAGCUUCACAAGCCUGAAUCUGACCGUUCUUGCAUACAUCUGGAGUUUGACAUAUCUGGGACUGGUAUUACAUAUGAAACAGGAGAUCAUCUGGGCGUUUAUGCUGAGAAUUGUGAUGAAACUGUUGAAGAAGCCGGAAAGUUGUUGGGUCAACCUUUAGAGAUGUUGUUUUCUAUUCAUUCUGAUAAUGAAGAUGGUACUCCCCUUGGAAGCUCAUUGCCACCUCCUUUCCCUGGUCCAUGCACUCUACGCACUGCAUUAGUACGAUAUGCAGAUCUCUUGAACCCUCCUCGUAAGGCUGCUUUGAUUGCUUUGGCUGCCCAUGCCACUGAACCUGGUGAAGCAGAGAGACUGAAGUUCUUAUCAUCACCUCAGGGGAAGGAUGAGUACUCACAAUGGGUUGUAGCCAGUCAGAGAAGUCUUCUUGAGGUUAUGGCUGAGUUUCCAUCAGCAAAACCUCCCCUUGGUGUAUUUUUUGCUGCUGUAGCCCCUCGCUUACAGCCUCGUUACUACUCUAUCUCUUCCUCACCUAGAUUUGCCCCCAAUAGGGUUCAUGUAACAUGUGCUCUAGUUUAUGGUCCAACUCCCACUAAUAGAAUACACAAAGGGGUGUGUUCAACCUGGAUGAAGAAUGCAGUUCCUCUUGAGAGAAGUCGUGAAUGUAGCUCGGCUCCUAUUUUCAUCAGACCAUCUAAUUUUAAGUUACCAGCUGAUCCCUCCAUUCCAAUUGUCAUGGUAGGACCUGGGACUGGAUUGGCACCUUUCAGAGGAUUUCUACAGGAAAGAAUGGCCCUGAAAGAAAACAGUGAUCAACUUGGUCCUGCUCUACUCUUCUUUGGAUGUAGAAAUCGUCGAAUGGAUUUUAUUUAUGAGGAUGAGCUCAACAAUUUUGCGGAACAAGGUGUUAUAUCUGAGCUGAUUGUUGCAUUCUCACGGGAAGGACCACAAAAGGAAUAUGUUCAACAUAAGAUGAUGGAUAAAGCAGCAUAUUUCUGGAGUUUAAUUUCUAAGGAGGGAUACUUUUAUGUAUGUGGUGAUGCCAAGGGUAUGGCAAGAGAUGUUCAUCGCACUUUGCACAUCAUUGUUCAGGGGCAGGACAAUGUGGACUCAUCAAAGGCAGAGUCUAUUGUGAAGAAACUCCAGAUGGACGGACGAUAUCUUAGAGACGUGUGGUGAUGGUUCUCGUUGUAAUUGUUUAGGUCAUGUUGUCAAAUUAUAGUGGUGGAUCUCAAGCUUCUUUCACUGCACUCGCAGAGAAGCAGCAAAGAUUGUGAUAGUGAUAGUAAUAGCGAUGGUGGAAAAUGUAACUGGUUUCCUCAGAAAAUUAAAAUGACUUGUUAUAACUUUUUAAUUUUUGAAUAGAAGGUCAUGUGUUUUUGAACUCA